AUUUCCUGUUUGGGAAGUGAGGUAGACAGUAAAUCAUCAACAAGAUAGGAAAUUCAGGAGUAACAGUAACAUAUUUAUUCAACUUAGAUUUAAGCAUAGGAAUGGUAAUUGUAUCUGUAAGAGUAAAUAAGAUGGAGAUCGUUCAGAGAAAGCAAGUGAGAAAAUUAGAGGAUUAAAUUAAGUGUAAGCUCAAGAAAAUAUUAACAUUUAAGGGACAGGCUAAGGAAAUGUCAGUGACGGAAUUGCUAGAAAGUAUGUGAUGAGAUUUGGAAUCUUAAGAGGAAGAAAGUUAUUCGAAGACGAGAAGAUGGUGCCAGAUCCUGCGAAGGUAUUGAAAACCUCCCAUUUGAACUGCAGAGAAACUUCCAGCUCAUGAGGGACCUGGACCAAAGAACAGAGGACCUGAAGGCUGAAAUUGACAAGUUGGCCACUGAGUAUAUGAGUAGCGCCCGCAGCCUGAGCUCCGAGGAGAAAUUGGCCCUUCUCAGACAGAUCCAGGAAGCCUAUGGCAAGUGCAAGGGAUUUGGUGACGACAAGGUGCAGCUUGCCAUGCAGACCUAUGAGAUGGUGGACAAACACAUUCGGCGACUGGACACAGACCUGGCCCGUUUUGAGGCUGAUCUGAAGGAGAAGCAGAUUGAGUCAAGUGACUAUGACAGCUCUUCCAGCAAAGGCAAAAAGAAAGGCCGGACUCAAAAGGAGAAGAAGGCUGCCCGUGCUCGUUCCAAAGGGAAAAACUCCGACGAAGAAGCCCCCAAGGCUGCCCAGAAGAAGUUAAAACUUGUGCGCACAAGCCCUGAGUAUGGGAUGCCCUCAGUGACCUUUGGCAGUGUCCACCCCUCUGAUGUGUUGGAUAUGCCUGUGGAUCCCAACGAACCCACCUAUUGCCUUUGUCACCAGGUCUCCUAUGGAGAGAUGAUUGGCUGUGACAACCCUGAUUGUUCCAUCGAGUGGUUCCAUUUUGCCUGUGUGGGGCUGACCACCAAGCCUCGGGGGAAGUGGUUUUGCCCACGCUGCUCCCAAGAACGGAAGAAGAAAUAGACAAGGGCCUUGGAUUCCAACACAGUUUCUUCCACAUCCCCUGACCUGGGCUAGUGGGGAGAGGGAUGCCUGGCUGGGGUCAGGGAGAGGUGGGUGGCGCAGAGUUGUCAUCCCCUCUCCUCGCCUCCCCACUCCUGGUGCUGAGGCUGCACCCAGACCCUGGUACGGGGGUUGCUGCAGCCACUAACGGUAUGUGCUCUCAUUCAGCCCGCCCCCUUCAGAGGGAAGGGGUCUUGCCCACUGUCCUUUUGCCUCCAUGCUGAGGUUGGUGCUGUAUUUUUGAGGGAUGGUCCUCUUACUCCCCUUGCUUUGUAUUUAAGGACUGGGGCAGUAGCCUGGGGCCCUCCCCCAGCCUCCUGAUCCCCUCCCCUCGUGGGGGGCCAUGGCGUGAUAAACUUUCUUCACUCUCUUCCUGCUUUUCCAGCUGGGGCUCCUCCAGAUCAUCUGGGCUGUGGCCCUGGCUGAAGGGUCACCCCUUCCUCUGUGCCAAGAGGAUUCGUCCUGGUUUGUGAGUGGGAGGGGCAGGGUGGAGUGCAGAUAUCUCAUAUGGAAAGGAAUUGGGUCGGUGAAUAAAAGCUGUACAUGUUG